UUGAGUUGGCUAUACAAUCAUACAUCAGUUGUGUUUGGUAAAGAACAUUCGACCGCCCUCCUAUCACUGAUGUUUGUGACUGCCCUCGUUGGAUGUACAAGCUCUGUACUCUUCAUGCCAUACAUGAGGAAUUACCGUGAGAUUUAUUUGGUAUCUUAUCUGGUCGGAGAAGGACUGAGCGGGAAUAAAUGAAGGGAUCAGAAAUAUAUACAAUGAGAGAUGAUUUACAAGUUAACCAUUAUCUUGGACAUGUCAAAUGUGGCCGUGCAAUCAUCCAUCUUCUCGUAAUCUUGUUUGGUGUAUCCACUUGGAUCGGCGUCAAUGGAAUAUUCAUUGAACUGCCGCUACUUGUCAAUAUUGCUCCGGAAGGUUGGAAUUUACCCGCAUACAUAGUAAUAGUGGCGCAGUCCGCGAAUGUGGGUCCUGCGAUAUAUACCUUCCUAUGUAAGAAGAAAUGCGAAUUGAACGAAUCGUUGUGCAUAUUAUGCUUACUGUGCUUACAAAUUCUCGCAAUGGGAUUACUGAUAUUCUUUUACAAUAAAACAACUGUCAUCGAUGGUGAGAAACAUAGCCUGAUUUUACUUGUCUCGGUAUUCUUUAACGCUCUGGUCGGUUGUUUCAGCUCUGUACUGUUCAUGCCUUAUCUUCGUGACUUCGAUGAUAUUUAUAUCGUGUCCUACUUCAUUGGUGAAGGUUUGAGCGGUGUACUGCCAAGUAUAGUAGCAUUGAUACAAGGUGUAGGAGAAUGCUUAGAAUGCAAUACAACAGAAAUAAUUUCUCUUAAUGCAUCCCAUGUAAAGUUUCCAGGACAAUAUUACUUCCUGUGUUUGACUUUUGUACUUGUCUUGUCGCUUGUCGCGUUUAUCAUUUUACGAUAUUCUCGGUUUGUACAAAGUAGAAAGAACUUUCAUGAUCCUAACUUUUUUACACAAACUAAAGUACAAUUAGUAGAUUAUAAGCGACACAACGAGUUUGAUAGUAGCACUAAUGUCUGGUACAUUGAUCAGAUAUUACCAAGAAAAGAAAGCGAAAAAACAAAAUGUUUUACAUUAAAAAAAGCAAAUAAUUUGUACGUACUCAAGAAAAUUUAUUUAUACGUCCUAAUUGGAAUUUGUUGCUUCUUUAGUAAUGGAUUUCUCCCAAGUAUUCAAUCUUACUCAUGUUUACCAUAUGGCCAUCUUGCUUAUCAGUUGUCCAUCACUUGUGCCCAAUUCGUCAACCCACUUGCAUGUUUCUUGACAUUCUGGAUCAAGGUGUCAAAUAUAAAGAAUAUCAAUUGUCUAUCUCUGGUAUGCUUAAUCGCUGGAUGCUAUGUUAUAUGCAUAGCUUUAUUGUCUCCUGCUCCACCGUUGCGAAGAACGACAAUCGGUGUAGGAUUAAUUGUUUUGUUCUGGAUCAUCCUAUCGGGAGUCAUAUCGUAUUUAAAGCUCAUAAUCGUGUCUCUCCUGAAACAUAUAUCUUCUUCAAAUAAGGCACUUUUCAAUAUAGGCAUAGUUAUGCAAGCGGGCUCGGCGAGCGGUGCAAUUAUUUCGUUCGUUUUAAUUAAUUUUACCGAUAUUUUCAAGAUGUAUGACUCCUGUUCUGUUUAAAGAGAAUGAUCAAAAAGCCCUGUAUAAUAAUGCAAGUAAUUUUGAUAUGCGAAUUAAAAUGCAAUAAUAAAAAUAAAUGACUAUAGUGUUUUAGA